AUGUCGAACACUCAGGUCGGCCAGGUCUACCAACAGAUCAUUCUGGACGUCCUCGAGGCAUCGCGCGUUGAUCUCGAGGAGAACGGCGUCGAUGAGAGCAUCUUGGAGGAGCUGAAGCAGGGAUGGCAGAAGAAGCUUUCGGCUCAGAACCUGGCCUCAUUCCCCUGGGAUCCCAAGCCUGAUCCUCCCGCCCCGGUCUCCGCCCCGGCGGCGCCCGUGCAACAGCAACAGCAACAGCAGCCGCAGCCGCAGCCGCAGCAGCAGCAACAGUCAAUCCCGGCACCUGCUUCUCAUGAGAUCCCCGUCCCCAAUGGAUCCGGAAUGCCCCCCCAGCGGGUAGCGCCCCCUGGCGUUCAGUCGUAUGCUGUACCUCCCAACCAAGCUCCCGUCAAACCGGAACCGGGCGUCAAGGUCGAGCCCGGCCUGGAGGCCACGCCCAACAGUUUUUCCAACCCUGCUAUUAACGCGCGUGUGAUAGCCAAUCUGCAAAGCCAGUACGGCUCGCGUGCAGAUGCUACAAUCAACAAGCUGCAGGAGACGAUGGGACCCGCUCCCAACGGCGCCCAGUACGCUCCACAAUCUCAUCCCACCGGCCAGCCUCACCCUCAGUAUCAGAACGCCCAGGCCCAGCAGCAGUAUCGCCAGCAACAGCAGCAGCAGCAACAGCAGACCGGCGGUGGAAUGCAACAGCGUGUGCCCCAGCCCCCGCAGCAUAUUCAGAAGCCGGCUGCGUCUCAAUUCGACGGCGCUGCUGAGGAAGGUAUUCUCGUCCGCCAAGAAUCCAACGGCCAGACCACUGAGCUAGGUCGCGUCGAGAUUGAUCGCAUGCUUCACGCCCAGCUGGAGGCCAGGGCCAAGGCUAUGGAGGGCGGCGGCCUGAUGGUUCCUCUGCAACGUGCAAAGAAGGCCAAUCCUGUCUCGUAUCACCGAACUGAAGAUGCCUCUGGUUCCGGCCGCUUCGAUGGACCCGAUGACGAUGUCAAGUCUGAGGUAGACGAGGACGCAAUCAACUCGGACCUGGAUGAUUCUGACGAUAAUGUCGACGAUGAUGAUGAGGACGAUGACGGCGGACAAAUCAUGCUUUGCAUGUAUGAUAAGGUUCAGAGGGUCAAGAACAAGUGGAAGUGUGUCCUCAAGGAUGGCGUGCUUAGCGUCAACGGUAGAGACUACGUCUUCCACAAGGCUUCCGGCGAGUAUGAGUGGUAG